UUGGCCAUCCCAAGUACCAAGAAUCCAAAAGAAUUGCAAUCUUUCUGAGCAUGCCAGAUGAAAUCCAGACAGAAGAAAUCAUUAAUGACAUUUUUAAGCAAGGCAAAGAGUGUUUCAUCCCACGUUACAAGCCUCACAGCAAUCACAUGGACAUGCUGAAGUUAUCAUCAGCUGAAGACAUUUCUUCACUUACUUUGACAUCCUGGAAUAUUCUUCAGCCUAGUGAUGAUGACAGUGUAAGAGAGGAGGCUCUUGCCGGUGGAGGUCUUGACCUUAUCUUCAUGCCAGGCCUUGGGUUUGACAAAAAAGGCAACAGAUUGGGAAGAGGGAAAGGAUAUUAUGAUACCUAUCUUGAAAGAUGUAUGAAACAUCCCAGUGGAAAGCCUUACACGAUUGCCUUGGCUUUUAGGGAACAGAUUUGUGAAUCAGUGCCUGUGGCAGAAAAUGAUGUCCAAGUAGAUGAAAUCCUUUAUGAAGACUGCUGAAAGAAUCUUGAUACCAACCCACCUUCAGAGUGACCAACCAAAGACAUCAGAUCCAUCAAUCAUGACUUUUUAAUAGUCAUAUAUGACUUUGGGAGCAAUAAAAUACACUAUUUGUGUUUGAACAAAAAAAACCUCAGUGUAAAUGUAGUAAUAGUAAUGAGGAUUGCAUUGAUUUGCUUCUAAUUAGCAAAUAUCUGGUAAGAAUUCUUAUUGUAGAAUCAAUAGAAACAAGAAUAUGUGACUGUUUAUUACAAUAAGGAACAUUUCUUCUCAUACUUUUGAGGAACAGGCUACUUGAUACUUAACAGUUUUAUUAUUCCAGUUUAAAAGUGUACUGUCUACU